AUGCAUUCGAUUCAACACUUCAGUCCCGCCGAGGACGACGCGCAAGAGAGACCGGCAAAACGACGAGCUCGGAGCGCCGUGGCAUGUCAGCGAUGCAAAGGCCGAAAACAACGCUGUGACAAUGAGUUCCCAUCUUGUUCAAACUGCCUAUCCGCUGGUGAGCCUUGCUCUUACGGCGUGAAGCAAGUCUAUCCGUCAGAAUACGUCCGGUCGUUGGAGAACCACAUCGCUCACCUGGAGCAGUCGUUGACCUCCGUCGACCCCAAAUUGGCAGCAGACCAUCUCGCAAACAUGAACAACGAUGCGGCGGCUCCUCGGUCUUCGAGAGUCUCUGUCGAGCCACAAGCCCAAGACGAACGGGAGGAAAAUUCAGAACCGAGCCUGGAACUGGGGGUCGGCUUCGUUGCACUGUCGCCCAAUUCUUACCUUGGUACAUCGAGUGGAUUUCAGCUCGCGAAACUGGUCAAGUCUGCGAUGAAUGUGCCGGCCCUGGUCUCGACCCCUACACGAGAAUCACGUCUGAGAACAGACCGAAUUGCCGCCUCAGAGAAUUCCACUCAGCAGCCGGGGUCCGACACCCCUGUUUUCGCUGAGAUGCCUACGGACGAAAUGGGGGAGGAACUCACCAGUACCUAUCUCCUAAAGGUGUACCCCAAGCACCCUUUCUUGUCGAAGAACAGGGUCCAUGCUUUGAAUAGAGAUCGAGCGAGCCUCAUGGCGGCUCACCAAUCACAGUCAAAAGAAGCCCGAUUGAGUCGCUUGGACUAUGCUAUUCUGCAUCUGGUUUAUGCCAUUGGAGCAAGGUAUCUGCAGUUGGCGGACGACAACUCGUACCCAUCGCCCGAGUCGCACUACGCAGCUGCAUUGACAGAGAUUGAUAUUAUCUCAGAUGUGCGAAGUCUCGAGAACUUGGAGGCGAUGCUUCUCCUGUCCAUCUACCAGUUGCGAUCGCCUACUGGUCCAGGAGUAUGGUGGAUGAUAGGCACAACAAUGCGCCAUUGCCUUGACGGCGGUCUACACCGAAAGACCAACAACUUAUCCAAUUUGCUCGAUCAGCGGCGCAAACGCAUAUUCUGGACCGCGUACAUGCUGGAAAGGUCUGUGGCCAGGACCGUUGGCCGUCCGUACUCCGUGUCAGACCGGGAUAUCGACGUCGCCUUACCAGCAAACAUCGAAGACUGGUACGAAACAGAAGAAGAAAUCACAGCCGCCAUCGCGCAGUCGCUGGCAAAUCCACACCGCAUCACCUCUCUGACAGCUGCCAUCCACAUCAUCCGGAUCCAACAGCUCGAAUCCAAAAUCUCCCACACCGUGUGCCGGGUGGACAAGCCGAUCUCGGAACUCAAUCCGCACAAGAUCACCAAGCUGCGAAACGCGCUCGAGGAGUGGAAGGCCGCCAUCCCCUACGUCUCCCAUCCCGAAAAGGAAGGGAAGCUCCCCUACAGCACGACCGACUACCACAUGAUCCAGUACCACAAAGCCCUGGUCCUGUUAUUCCUACCCUUACUCCCUUCCCUGUCCCCCUCCCACCCGGACUUUCGCCUGUUCGCAUACUCGGCGGGACAGAUCUGUCAGAUGUACAAACGCCUGCACAACAACCAGUCGUACAUCUCAUUUUCGCUGCUCGCGCUGCACGCCAACUUCGUCGCCGGCCUCGCGCUGGUGUACUGCUUCUGCCUGGACCCGACGCUCUUCGACGCCAACUUCAGCAGCGACAUCCGCGCCUGCAGCACCAUGCUGUAUGCCAUCUCCGAACGCUGGCCGGCGGCGCGCAAAGUCCGCAACGCAUUUGAGAGCCUCGUCUCCGCCACCAUCGAGGGUAAUCAUGGCGUUCCCUCGUCGUCGUCGGCUGCCUCGUCUUCUUCCGGCCGGACCACGCGGGUCUCCGCGAGGAUCACCCCGGGACAACACGCCGUCGACGAGCAAUCAAUGUUGACUCACGGUGCCGGUAACGACAACAACAGCAACCGAUACGCGGAAAAUAGAAUGCAGGACAGUGUUUGGGAUAGCUUUGAGACGGUGCUCGGGGACUACCAGAUCAACGAGAGUUGGAUGUAUGACGGCAUCAUCCAGGCCAUGGACACGUUUCCGACGGACGGCUGGACCAUGUGGGGAGAUUUUUGA